AUGUCUGAAAACCUCCUAUCUCUAGUCGGUGCCGUCGUGCUGAUGCUCUGGGAUUUCCUACUGACGCUCGAGGACGAGCGUCGGUUAUUCUGGAAACAACCCUUUACUAUGGCCAGCUUCCUCUUCUAUUGGAAUCGCUAUGUUGGCUUCGCGAUAACACUGUUCGGUCUUGUCGUGGUUAUGCUUCCUGGGACAGAUGAACGGUUCUGUCUGUAUGUUGGCGGCACGCUCAAUGAAGGGUUGCCAACUUUCUUCUCAGAUGUCGAAUAUGGCUCCGAACUGAAGGCUUUGGGGCGAUCUUGA